CUCGCCCCCUUGUUGUUCCCUCGAUCCCUAUCUCGGUCUCCCCUCCUUUUGGCCGCAUCUCGGCCUGUUUUUCGCACGUUACCACCGCCAUCCUGGGAAACACCGAUCGAUCGGCCCGCGGCUGCAUAUACCUUUCUCCGGCUCUCCGCCUCUCUCCAUGGCUUGCCCGUGAAGGCUAGCUAGCUCCCGGGAAUCAGGAGCCAGAGAGGUAUACGUACUGGAGUGCGCGGCUCGUCCUGGCAUCGCAUCGUAUGCUUUGCUAGCCGAGCCUCGCAAGCGAUCCGCCGAGCUUCCCGUUUAAAUCCGUCGACGGAUCGAGCAGCAGAGCUCUCCCCGUCGUUCAUGUCGAGGAGGGGUUUUGGUUUUGCCGCGUAGUGGCGUUGUACGUUUGCGUCUUGUUGCGUGGCGAGGCGACAAGGGAGCUCGGCCAUGAAGGGCGGGGUCGUCGACGACUUGAGGGUUAUGUUCACCAGGAAGGAGUCCUCCACCUGCCUCGCCAGGUCAGUGAUGUUCCUCGUGAUCUUCGCGGUCGGCGUGAUCGCCGGCCUCUGGACGGCCACCGGGCCGCGCACCCAGUACACCAGGACCUACAACAACAUCGUCUUCCCCAGCACCACCACCACCACUGUCUAUGCUGAGGCCGGUGCCGAGGCCGAGGCCGGCUUCGCGGAGUUCGUGGCCCCGACGCGGCUCAUGCACGACAUGACGGACGAGCAGCUCUUCUGGCGCGCCUCCAUGGUGCCGGUGGCCGCCGAGUACCCGUUCAAGCGCGUGCCCAAGGUGGCCUUCAUGUUCCUCACAGGCCGCGGCGAGCUGCCGCUCGCGCCGCUCUGGGAGCGCUUCUUCCGCGGCAACGAGGACCGCUUCUCCGUCUACGUCCACGCGCCGCCGGGAAUGACCGUCAACGUCUCCACCGACUCGCCCUUCUACGGCCGCCAAAUCCCAAGCCAGGAGACGGCGUGGGGAUCGAUAUCGCUGAUGGACGCGGAGAAGCGGCUGCUGGCGAACGCGCUGCUGGACUUCUCCAACGAGCGCUUCGUGCUGCUCUCCGAGAGCUGCAUCCCGCUGCACAGCUUCCGGGCGGUCUACGACUACCUCAUCGGCUCACGGCACAGCUUCGUGGAGGUCUACUUCCAGCAGACGAAGCAGUGCCAGGGCCGGUACAGCCGCCGCAUGGCGCCGGCGAUCAGGCUGCCGCAGUGGAGGAAGGGCUCCCAGUGGUUCGAGCUCAGCCGCGACCUGGCCAUCGACGUCCUCGCCGACACCAAGUACUACCCACUCUUCCGGCGGCACUGCCGGCCGUCGUGCUACCCGGACGAGCACUACCUCCCGACCACCGUGAACAUGCUGCACGGCGCGAGGAACGCCAACCGCACGGUGACGUACGUCGACUGGUCCAAGGGCGGCGCGCACCCGGCCAAGUACACGGCCGGGAACGUGACGGCGGCGGCGAUCCAGGGCAUAAGGAGGAGGGGGUGGAGGAACGACAGGCCCUGCUAUUACAACCAGAGGCCGACGUCCAUGUGCUUCCUGUUCGCCAGGAAGUUCGCGCCCGACACGCUCGGGCCCCUGCUCAACAUGUCGUCGGCGGUCAUGGGGUACUAGCUAGUCCCCGCCGCGCCGCCGCCGGCGAUGAUCGGACCAAUUCUUCCAUGUUUGUAACUUAGGAUCUAUAUUCAGCAGCCUCUUGACCAUCCUGUGACCCGUGAACAUAAAACGCCUCCUCUUCAUUUGCCGGCACCACAUCUUGUCGAAUUCGCUACAGUAUGCAUGGUCUGAGAAAAGAGAAAAAAAAGGAAGGUUAGUUUA